CAUCAUCAUCAUUGUGCGAUGGAGGUAGUAGACCCGCUCUCCAGGAAAUGCUGCUCUUUAAUGAAAUGCAAAAGUUAUCUUUUUCCAUAUCGAUCAAGAAAGCUUUAGUAAUGCGAGUCAAAUAUGACAAAACGUUAUAUUAAAAAAAGAGAAAAUGAAACGUAAAAUUGCUAAAAUGAAACGACUACGACUGAGUCCUAAUGAAGAAGCACAGCUUCUAAAGGAAGAAUUUGACAGGAGAAGAAAGCUAAGAUUACAACAGGUUAGAGAACAAGAACGAUAUAUUGCAUACAAACUCCGAAAGGAAGUCCAGCAACGUCGCAGUGAUGAGCAUAAUCAUUUGGCAGAACAACUUAAAGUUGAAUGGCAAAAAGAACAGGCUGAUAAGACACAAGCACUGGAAGCUGUUUACCAUAACAGUAUGAAAUCUAUUGGAGAAGGACAUCGGAAUGCAAAGGAAAAUGAGCCAGAUUGGGCAGCAGUUGCUCAAAAAGUGGCUGAGAACAAACAGAAGGCAGAAGAGAGACACCGUGAGGCACUUAAAGAGCUAAAAUUUCAGAGAGAGAGACGCCUGGAAGAUGAAACUAGGCGCAUUCAAGCACGACAGAAAGCCUUAAUGCUAGAAAAGGAACGGGCUUUAAAAAUUGCAAGUUUGCCACCUGUAUUGCCAGACCCUAUUGAAUAUCUUGAUUUACAGAAACACCCUCAUGUGAAACUGUAUGAUGCUGACAGCUAUUCCCUCAGUUAUCACCAUCUGCCAGAGAUCUGUGUGGACAGAGAAAAUAAUGCUGGACAGCUUAAUGCUUGUGAAGCAGCUGCAGUAGAAGGAAAGCGCAUCGAUGAGCUACAGAAAGAAGAGGAACAGGAGAGGAAAGAGCAAAUAGAAAAAGCUCGUUUGAGAGGCUGUCAUGCUCUACAUGUAGUGCAUUUACAACAGGACAAAGAGCGCUUAAUGAAGGAGCUUGAGCAGUUACAACAAGCUGACUUAGCUCGGAGGAGACGUAAAGUGGCCUCAAUGCCUCCCCAAUUGUUUGAACCACCCUACAGACGUCAAGAAAUAAAAAAGGACUGGCAAAGACAACUUGAGUUUGCCUUUGAAGACAUGUACACAGGAGAGAAAAAGGUGAAAGGUGAUGUUUUGUGCCCGAAUCCAGAGCCACUUCCGGAACCAUCUAUUGCAUCCCAAGAUGAAGAGCUAAAUGUGACAUUGGAACCAGAGGCAGCAGCUGGCUCUAUAGAAGACUUUGUGGAAAGUGAGGAAGCUAAGAUUUUCAGAAAGUCACCUGUUCCUGAACUAGAACAGCCUGGUCCUGUUGUUGCCAAGCAGUCCUUACAAAAUCUAAUAAGUAGGAUAAGGACACAAAGGCAACAGUGGAUAUACCGAAGAGAAACUGAGAGAUGUAGUAAUGCAGUGACGACUGAAUCUGGUUCAGUUUCUAAUGAAGGACAGAUUGCACCAGAGGAAGAUGUUAAAGAAGUUGAUGAUCAAGUUGUAUGUUCUGAAGAGAAUAAAAUGUCAUCUGAAGAGCCCGUUAUUGCUGGUAGCUCUCUGCUACAUCCAAACGAACAAGCAUUCAAAAUGCAGUCGGUAGUAGAAAGAAGAAAACAGGAAGAAGAAAUAGAGAUGAAAAAGCAAGAGCAGGAGACUCUCCUGGCACAACUUGAAGAACAGAAAAAAAUUCUUGAGUUACGUCUGAAGGAAGCACAAAUUGAAAAGGACCUCAUACAAGCACAGAUGAAAAAGGACCAAGAAAAGGCAAUAAGCAUUGAAACUGCUUGCAAACAGCAGGUGUAUCCUGCAACAGAUGAACAUUUCCUAGAAGCUACAGAUUCUGAACAUUUGCAAAUGAUCCGUCAGUAUCAGCAGCGCUGUCUGGAACAGAACCAGCGUCACAAGCAGUGUGUUGUUGAAGCACAAAAACGUCUGAAUGACUAUCGGAUGAUGCUAAUGAAGAGAUAUCCGCAGAUGUCCACUUCACUCUCGAAGCCAUGCUCUAGUGGUACCACAGUAUCCUGUUAUACACCUGCGACUCAGGCUGAAGUGCUGAGAGAAGAUGAAUCGCACCUUUCUUUAGCCAAGCAAGUAGAGCAGCAACAAGGGGAGUUAUUAGCACAUAAUCCUUCUACAUUGCAAAUGGAAUGCCAAGAAAAGAAGUUUCCUCCUUAUGGAGCAUCUAAGAAUAAUAGUUUUUCAAAAACUUGUGCUGGUGGUUCUUCUGGAAUAAGUGAUGGCUCAAUAUACUCAUAUGUUCAGACCUCAUGUCAACUAGCUGAGCCACAUGGAGAGCAGCAAAGUGAUAAUUAUAAUUUAAAGCAUGAAAGUCUGAAAAAUUUGCCUGUGAACAUGGAGGAAGUGAAACUGCAUUCUGAGAGAAAAACUUUGGAACAUGAUGUUCCAGGUGCUGAAUCUUCCUUUUCCAAGUCUUUCGUACCAGCUGUGCAUGAAAGGGGUGUGGUGUUAUCUUUAGAAGAAAUGCAUGCUAAACACAGACGCCUCUGCGAGUUACAGGAGAAGCUGAAUAGGCAACAAGAAGCUAUCCUUGAAAGGCAAAGGAGUCAAUCAAAGCAGUUGAGUGAGAGACUAAAUGAGCUGGAGAGAGGAAACCAAAGACUGGAUAUUCCUAAAGUAGAACAAGUAAGCAAGGAACAGGAACCAAACAUGAAUAAUAGUAAAAUAAGCAAGUUAAAUCCUUCUUCUUUUGGCAAAGGUGCUGAUCUGCAUGCGUCAAAAUCAUCCCUCCAUGAGUCUUCUGGAAAAAACCAGGAUAAGAUGUCUCUUUUGCCCUAUCUCACUGGAGGAAUUGUGGAUAAAGAAUACCAUAAUCGACCUAUUAAGCCCCCACUUGCCAAGCACAGGCUUGGAACAUUAGCUUCAAUUAGCCAGCAUGAGCUCAGUGCCAUACCAGAAGUAGAAACACCUGUAAGUGACAGCCUUCCUAUAGGAGAUUCAUCAGAAUGUAAUGCCUCUGCUUCUGGCAGUGAAGGGGUUGACAAUUCAGUGUCUUCUCAAGUGGAUACAGCCAUGUUUUCUUCAUCCCACAGAGAAACUAGCUGUACUUCUAGACGUUUGACCUGGAGGGAGAGGCUAGAGCUGGAGUCAUCUUUGUCAUCAGACUUGACACUCCCAUCAUCGGUGUCCACUGAUUUGCCCAGUUAUUCAGCAGAUGUUGGAAGAGGAGUGGUGAGAUACCCUGGCAAACUAACUUCUCAGUCCACUGCUGACAUCCAGCAGACAGGUGAAAUAGUUUUGCCACCAGUCUCAAGUGUACAUGAUGGGGACUGCUGUUCAACAACAUUAUCUACUGGAAGUUGUUCUCCUUUGAGUGAAGAAUUGGGUGCUACUGGUUCUUCUCUGCAUUCAGUGCUGGCUGAUGAUGCCAAGAGUUAUUUAACAACUCCCUUUUACCCAGCUUCUGCUGGGCAUUAUGAAUCCUUGAAACAGUUCAGCCCUUUGUCUACUGAUGUGCCAGCAAGGUUUGAUAGUUGCCAAGUUCAGAACCUGAUUAACAAAUACACAAAAGUGUUGAGCAGGACAUUGGAAGAUGGAAGCUUUCAUGGACUUCCAGCAACUCUGGAUACUUCUGGUAUGGCAAAUUCUUCAGCCAGUCAUCCUUAUCUUGUGCCCGAUUUGGACAGUAGCCAGCAUUUCCAGCCCCUAAGACCAGUACUGGAUAUUGAAGACGAAGUUAAUUUGUCACCCUCGGCACGAAGGCUGUCGGCAUACUGUGGCGGUACUGUAAAGGAACAAGGAAAUCUUGAGCUGAAGUUUUUGACAGCAUCACAUGAGGAAGUUGAAAAAUCUAGUCUGACGUCCAGCUCAGGAAGCUUCUUGUCAAGGGAAUAUAAUCCUGCUGUAUCCGCAACUCCAACAGAAGUUUCCAGUGAUGAGAACACUACCCCUCAGAGCGUAAAAAACUUCAUGGGGCUACAGCCUGUGAUUGAUAUUUCUAUUGCCUCAUCCCCUCAGCCUGUAACACAUUCACUUGGAAGCAAUGCGUAUAAUACAGGGGGACAGAAUUAUUUGCAGAAAAAGAUAUUCUACUCUGGAAAGCUCCUUCAAACACAAUCUGGUAAAGAUCAUUUUAAAUUGGUUGACAGCCCAUUGGUUAAUUUUCAAGGCGAGAAAAGCUCAGCACUUCCAAUUGCACAUGACAGCUUUGAAUUUGGCAUUGGCAAAUUUCAUUCCACGUUACUUUCAUCAAAACUUGACUCAAGUCAGCAUUUCCCACCUCUGCAUUCAAGUUUGGAUUUAGAUCUUUUAACAACUGUCUCCUCUCCACAUUCAGAACUACAGUGUCAAACCUGUAACCACAGCAACUCAGAAAAGGCUCCAAGCAUCUCCGUUUCAGAACAUUUCUUGAAUUCAACUGUUAAGAAUGGAGAAGUAGGAACAGUACCUGCAAGCUUUGAUUUAGAGGUCCAGGAAGAUACCAGACCAGCAGUGAAUAAUACAGAUGAUGGUGCAAGUUCUGGUCUGCUUUCUGAAAGUUUAUAUCCUGUCCAGAUUGACUCCUGUAGCAGUGAAGAAACUCUCCCUGUUAGUCUGCCAAGCUCCUUGUCCUGUGUAACAACAACCACCAUGGGCUCAAGCCAGCUUAGUGGAGACAUACUUGUGUCCUGUACCAGUGAUACUGCUAUUCAGAGUACAGUCAAAGAUGAGUGUCUGCAGUGUGAUGAAGAGUGUUUACAACUUUCUGAAACUUCUGUAGAACAAAUGCGAAGUGAAAGUGUAGAAAAUUUGCCUGAGAUCCAGGAAUCAUUUUAUCAGCUUGAUGCAACACAUUCUGCAGUUUGUGGCUCAGAUCUUAUUGAGACCCAUUGUACAGAUCUGCCGUGUUCACCCAAGAUUCCAGCUACUGCAUGGAAUACAUCUCAAGAAAUAGCUCGGCUGGAAUCCUUUCCACGUUCCAGCAUGUUGGAGUCCAUAAGUAUGCCCAAAGAAAAAAACAUCAUUCCAAUAUGGGAAACAGACUCUGGGGCAGGGAUCCUGGAGGAGCCUGAAUUAACAUUUGUAAGCCUUGAUGAAACCAUCCUGCUGGAACAGAAUAGUCUUCAAGCAGAAAAUGCAGAAGACAAUGGCAGUAUACCCGGAAAUCUGAGCAAAGGGUCUCUGUUGGUGCAUUCACCUAAGGAAACUUCAGCAGAUUUGCCUGCAGAAAUAAAGGAUUCUGCCCACACUGUAUCUGAGGCCCUGACUAGUUUGUCUAGCACAAAUGAAAAAACAUCGUCUUCUGAAGUGAUUUUUUUAAACUCCCAUUCGUCAUCUAUGAACCUUCAAGAGAUGUUUCAACAGAAAAAAGCCGCAACAUUGAGAAGAUCAGCCCAAAGGGUUCAGGCUAUCAAAAAUAAAGACAGACCUUCAAAAUCUCCAAGUGUUAAAGAUGUCCACUUUCAAAAAGAAGGCCAAGUCCAGUGUACUGCAGUCAAGCAAGCUGAGCUUGGAAAGUUCACUAAGGUUGGUGAAGUGAAAGUGAACACUCCAGAGCAAAGAAAAGCUGCAGAGGCAGAAAUGUAUGAGCGGACUGAAAGGUUGUAUAAUCAAUUAUGUGAAGUAAAACAGAAGAGAGACAUGAAGAUGCGGCAGGAAGCUUAUGCUAAAAAUCGUCAGAAGGCAAAGGAGUUUCAACAAAAAAUUCUUCAGAAAUGUAGAAACAAACAGAAUCACAAUUGAUGGCAGACACAUUCAGGAAGAACUAUUCCUUUUUUCUUUUUUAUAUUCAUUAUUUAUUAGAAUGUUUUGUAAAUAUUGGCUGGAGAGGUUAUUUUUCUCCUCUCUUUGUUUUAAUUAUUUUGACGUGAAAAUA